AUGGCAGGAGCCAGUAGCAGGGAUAGUAUUUAUCACAGACUAACCAAUCAGAAUGAUACCGCGUAUAUUUGGAUUCACUGCAAGUGUGAGGUGGGGAAAAAAGAGAUACUUACAGAAGUGAGGGAGGGUCGUUAUGUUGCAACCACUAAGAAACCUAAAAAUAUAAGUGCUUUGGGUGCUAUCCCAAAGCCUAAAAAGUUUGAAGUUAGACUUAUUCACGACUACAGCCAGCCCAAAGGUACAGCAGUCAAUGACUAUGCUGAUAGCCCAUCAUUUUCCUACCAGUCCUUGCAUGAUGCGGUGAAACUCAUUCAACCUGGUUCAUACAUGGCCAAAGUAGACUUAAAAUCUGCAUACCAAUCUGUGUGCAUACAUCCAUCUAAUUUUGAAGCAACAGGUAUAAAAUGGGCUUUCUCAGGCAGCACAAAACCUACUUACCUGUAUGAUACCAGAUUAUCUUUUGGAGCAAAGUGUGCUCCUAUGAUAUUCCACCGCAUUACGCAAUCAGUUCGGAGAAUGAUGCAAAGCAAGGGUGUUGAGGGCCUUGUAGUAUAUUUAGAUGAUUUUAUAAUUGUAGCAGACACGUAUCAUGACUACAGGCUUGCACUCAACACACUUUUGACACUAUUACACAAACUUGGGUUUGCUAUUGCAUGGCAUAAAGUUGAAGACCUAGAAUGGUGGAUUCACUUUUUGCCAGUGUUUAACGGCACUGCUAAAUUUCUGAAGGACAACCCUAUCACUGAUAUACAUACAGAUGCUUGCAAGUAUGCAGCUGGGGCCUUCUUUAGAAAUGAUUGUUUAUAUUAUCGCUGGUCUGAGUGGCCAGCUGCUGAGAACUUGCACAUCAACUAUAAAGAAACACUAUCUAUCUUGUUAGCGGUCUUACGAUGGGCCCCCUUCUGGGCUAACCACAGUGUAAUUCUACACACAGACAAUCAUAAAAUUGAAAAGCUAGAGGAACAGCUUGACACGGAGAUCAGCAUGUACAGGGGGAAUGCAUAUGCAGCUAGUACCAAACGAUCAUACACCACACAUUGGAAAUCAUACAUAACAGUUUGUGUUAUGCUGGGGUACAGAAAAUCUGCCCUCACCGAUGAGGAAGUUCGAUAUGUCGGAUACCUGACACAGUCCCAAAGUACACGUGACUAUGAUACGACAUAUUCAAUGUACGACGACAAUAUGUACGAUGAUUUCGUCAAUAGCACAGGGCUGUCCUACCCGGAUGAGUUCGAUUUUGCAGCGUUUACCCGUCGUGUUGGAUACCAGUUUACGAUGCACGACGAUCUUCUACAUUGUGUAUGGAAAGGUGGUCAAUUAUGUACGUCAGAUGACUUCGUACAUGUUUUUACACGUUAUGGUAACUGCUAUACUUUCAAUGCACCUGCAAAACAUCAAUACUUGACUCAAGACCAUGUCGGUGCUGGUAAUGGAUUGGUUAUGUUUCUCAAUGUAAAACAGGAGGAGUACACGGAGACGGCGUUCGGUAACUACGCGGCUGGUCUGAAGAUAUAUGUUCACAACAAAGACGAACCUCCUUUAAUAGAGUCGCAAGGACACGCCAUUACACCGGGAACAUUGUCGUAUGUGGACAUAACACAACAUAGGUCGUUAAAUUUGCCACCGAAAUGGGGUCAGUGUAACCCAAGUCAACAAUUAGAGUUCUAUGAUUCGUAUACUAUUCCUGGAUGUCUCCUUGAAUGGUAUUCUAAAAUAAUGACCAGUGUGUGUGGCUGUCGUCCAUUUAUAUACCCUGGUCGGGCUCGUCAUUGUACACUGUGGGAAACAUUUGAGUGCGUACAGCCUACAGAAGCUGCUAUACAGUCAGGAGAAUACGGUGACAUGCCAUGCCCCGUACCAUGUAAUCAUACAACCUAUCCAACUACGAUGUCAUAUGCUAAUUUCCCAAGCAAAAGUGUGGCGUCCAGCAUGGCACAAUUGUUUAACAUAUCUGCAGAGUAUGCAAGUGAAAACUAUGUUGCUGUUGAUAUAUUUUACGGGAGAAUGAGUUAUCAGCUCUCCAAGCAAACCUAUGCGAUGACUGCUUCUGCUUUAGUUAGUGAUAUUGGAGGACAAAUGGGAUUGUUUCUCGGUGCAAGUGUUAUAACAUUGAUGGAGAUCGCAGAGUAUAUUGGAAACAAAAUGAAGCAUUUAUUCUGUUUUAAGAAAAAGAAAACGAGAGCAAAUAAUAGCAGCAAUGCAAUACAUACAGAGCAAUAA